ACUUAAAGUCACUGCAGCGUGCCUCAAUUGUCGUAAAAAGAAGGUAAAAUGCUCUGGGCCAGCUGUGUGUGAUCGUUGUAGCAGGUUUAACUUGUCAUGUCAAUUCGAUGCAAGACCCCAAAAACGUGGCCCUCAACGGGGUAACGUAGAUGUGAUAAAAGUGAAAGAGAGUCGAGUCGAGGAUUUGUUUGAUACUAUUCCUGGAGAUUUGAAUUUCAAGGAAAAAGAACGUUUAAAAAAUCAAGCUCUAUCAAUUGACGGUAUUUCACCAGAUGAAUUUGAACAAGUUUCGAAAAUUUCUAUGAAAUUCCACAAUCCUGAAGCUAUUCCUCGUUUGACAAUUCUUCAAAAUUGUAUCGUCACAACAAACAGCUGCGCAAAAUGCUCAUCAAAAAGCGAACCUUAUCUACCUGAGAAUCAGAUUUAUCAACAUUCUGAAUUUUGUCAGCAGCUUCCUUCGUUAUCACCAACAAAUCAUCAAAGCUUACAAUCACUAGAGCCAAUAUCAAUAACCAGUAUUCCAAUAGAACCAAUGAAUGCGCCAACAAAUAGUGUAAAUAAUGAUUCUUAUCUUGCACCAAUUUUACUGUUGCCAGAUGAAAUGCUUCGUGGAAGUGUUCCUGUACCUAAUUUUUGUAUUAGUGACGAAGAAUCUAUCAGUUACGAUCACGUGAACAAUUAUAAUAAUUAUGAUUAUAAUGAUUAUAAUGAUUAUUUGGCGGAAAACAAGUAUAGAAAAGCAAGAGAGCUUAAAGGAGAUGUUGAAAUCAAUAUACGCUUGAUGAAUUUGAAUAAUCGUAGACAAGGUAUACUUGUAGCAAUUCUUUACACCUCUGGCAAUCAUAAUGGUGGUAGAAUUACGAAG